CUUAUUUUCCUCAAAGUUACCGCACUGUGCUGCUCUGUGAAUGUCUCCUGCCUUUUAAAAACGCUGCUAUUAGACAUACACGGGGCCAAAGGGAACUUUUAUCUUAAUUAAUGGGAUAUACAUAUGGUUUUGCCGUAAGAGGAUUCGUUCUUCGUUGUACUAAAGACGAUUAGAAUAUCGCAAUGUCUCGAGUAGCGGAUUUGUCGAAACUUCGCCAGGAAAGGAUGAGAGAGAUCAAUCAGCGGAAUAAAGAGAAGGAGCGCAUGAGGGAGCGGGAGAGAGAAGCCAGGGAGCGCGAGGCACGCUACAGUAAUGGCCACCUCUUCAACUCUCUCACCGUGUCUGGAACCACGCUCUGCUCGGCCUGCAACAAGAGCAUCACCGCUAAGGAGGCCCUCAGCUGCCCUACCUGUAAUGUCACCAUCCACAACCGCUGCAGGGACACACUACCAAACUGUGUCAAAAUGAAACAAAAGCAACAGAAACUGGCGCUGAUGAGGAACAAUUCAGCCUAUCAGAAUGUGACGCUGAGGAAUAAAGCCCAUUUAAAGGAAAGGCCGAACUCUGCCAUCUACCCAUCAGACAGUCUUCGCCAGUCACUUCUGGGGUCCCGUCGCGGACGGUCUUCCCUCUUACUUUCAAAGAGCGUCUCCACCAAUAACAUUGCAGGGACUCUGAAUGAUGACUCUCCUCUGGGGCUGCGUAGGAUCUUGUCUCAAUCCACAGACUCACUCAACUUCAGGAGCAGAACCAUGUCCAUGGAGUCACUCAAUGAUGAGGGAGAGGGCUACUUCACCUCACUGCUGGAAGAUCUGGAGGAUGAAGGCCAGGAGUUUGAAGCAGAUUCCUGGAGCAUGGCAGUAGAUUCCACCUACUUACAGACCCACCGUAAAGAUGUUAUCAAGAGGCAGGACGUCAUCUAUGAGCUGAUCCAGACGGAGCUCCAUCACGUUCGGACCCUGCGGAUCAUGGAUGGGGUGUUCAGGCGGGGUAUGCUGGAGGAGGUGCAGCUGGAGCCGGGGGUCGUGCACGUGCUGUUCCCCUGCCUGGAGCGCUUGCUGACGCUUCACAUGCACUUACUCACGCAGCUCCUCACACGUCGCGCUCACAGCCUGCAACCUGAGAGCACAAACAAUUUCACCAUCACUCAGAUCAGCGAUUUGCUAAUACAACAGUUCUCAGGUCAGUGCGCUGACGAGAUGCUGAAGACGUAUUCUGAGUUCUGCAGUCGUCAUAUGAAGGCUGUCAAACUCUACAAAGAGCUGCUGGCCAGAGACAAGAGACUGCAGCUCUUUAUACGGAGGGUGAGUCGGCGUCCUCUACUGCGUCGUCACGGGUACCAGGAGUGCAUCCUAUUGGUCACUCAGCGCAUCACUAAAUACCCUGUUCUGGUGCAGCGUAUCUAUGACAACACCAAAGACAAUCCAGAGGAAGCUGCAGGUCUGUCUCAGUCACUGUCUUGUAUGCGGGAGCUGCUCUGUUCGGUGGACCAGCAGGUGUUGGAGCUUGAAAGGACACAGCGGCUGCAGGAGAUCCGGUCCAGGGCUGACCCUCGGGCCGAGGCCAAACUUCGCUCCGGAGCCCUGUUCAGACCAGCCGAACUGCUCCGCAGGCAGCUGAUACAUGAAGGCACGCUGCUCUGGAAAACACCCAGCUCUCGCCUCAAAGAUGUUCAGGUUAUGUUGAUGACUGAUAUUCUAGUAUUCUUGCAAGAGAAAGAUCAACGGUUCAUCUUUGCUAGUUUGGAUAAGUCUGCUGUGGUCUCACUGCAGACUCUCUUGGUCCGAGACAUAGCCAAUCAGGAGCGAGGCUUGUUCCUGAUCAGCAGUGAGUCCAGCCCACCUGAGAUGUACGAGCUCUAUGCGGCAUCUAAAGACGACAGAAACACCUGGAUACGGCUCAUACAGCAAACCAUCAGCAGCUGUCCAUCAAGAGAACAAUUCCCUCUUAUAGAAACAGAGGACAAGGCCCUUCUGCGAAGACUCAAAGUGGACAGAUUGACAGAGCUGUUAUUAGGAUCCAAUUUUGAGGUUCCUCUGCCCUGCAGUUCCAACGGCCAUCACAACCACACUGGAGCGCUAGUAAUCAAUGGACAAGAGGUAUUAGUCAAUGGCUCUCAGGAGAACCAAGCUACUCAGGAUGGUAAUGGGAAUCAAAUGGAGGACAAGACACCAAGUGAGGAGGUGUCACAGAGGCUGGUGAAUCUCAGUGCUCAGUUACACGCUUUACAGGGUGUGGUGAUACGACAGGACUCCAUCUUGGAGCUCUGCCUACGAGAGAGCUCUGUCUCCCCGGCCACCGCAGGGGCUCGUACAGUUCGCUCCCUGUCCCGGGAUGGUGCGAGUGACUUUGGCUCGCUGGGAGAGCUGGCCCUGCUUCAACGGCAGCACAGUCUGCUGCAGGAGGAGCUUGUACGCCUCAGGGGAGCCGAGGGAAAACUCAGGCACAGCGAGAGAGCCAGAGCCCAGCUGGAGAAACAGCUCAGGGAUCUUAAGACUAAUAGCGUCACUCUAGGGGAUGGAGCUGGAAAUGCAGGCUCACAGGCCCCAUCAACUCGCAGAGAGAGCGAUACUGACAACCCAUUGGCUAGCCAGGAGUCGAUGGACCAAUCAGACGGCCUGCAGGAAUGCAGUGAUGUGGAAGUGGAUGUGAUAUCUGAUGAAGAUGAUGAUGACGAGGUGGAUUCGAGGGUGUCUCCCCGUUCAGAAAGUCCCAGAGAUCUGCAGGACAUUCCUGAAGAGAGCGAAUGUGCUACAGACCCCCGGGACCGCGAGGUCUCGCACUGCUAAUAUUUCUCAACCCAAGACUUGCCUGUUGUCCGAUGGAACAGACUAUAGACUCCAUGAGGAGGUCUUCCUCCGAACAGGGAAGAUUCUUACUUAGUUUAUGAAUAUUCAUUUCAUUAUAUACAUACAGUAUUUAGUCGUAUCCAGUAAUUUUGCUUAUAGCUUCUGUGUGGCCGUUUAUGACAUGUUAAUAUUCAACAUGUCUUCUUGGAAUCCAAUCAUAUGGCUUUUGACAUCCACGGACCAAUAAGUAUAUGCCAUGCAAAUAAUGGGACUUUGCACUUGAUAACGGCAUGAAAUGGUCUUGGGAUUCAGUAAGAAUCUUAAGAUUAACCAAAUCAACCAAACAUAAGUGAUCCAGCUCAAGGGUACCGGCAGAAACCAGUCAAAUUGAUGUACUGUAUGUGCUUUGUACCGAUUCUACACGUGCUGGAGCACGCAAAACAAGAAUAGAGCUUCUUUUUUAAGUGGAACUUGUUUGUGUGAGAGGUCAUUGUAAAGAAAUGUCUCUUUCUUGCGCUUUAUUUUGAAUUUAUUUAUUUUUCUUUGUUUUAAAUGGAACGUUAAAUUGUCUUUCGAGCAUGCCAGAGCAGUUAGAAAGAAGCCAUAGCUUGAAAUAUACCAACGUAAUAGACUGGGACCAAAACUACUGGCUAAAUAACAAAAAACUAUUUUCAGAGACUUGAGGGCUUUUUUAGGAAGGAAUUAUAUUGCCGUUUAUAGCAAUAUAUAUUAGAAAUAUAUUUACAUCUAUAGCAAAGAACUUAAUAAACCCAGGAAGGUUAUUAUGAUAUUAUAAAUGGUUCCUCAGCCCACAGUGUGCGUUAACGGGGAAUACUUUGUAAAUAUAAGAAGAUUUAUUGACUAAAAUAAAUCACAUCUCCAAAAUUUGCCAGUAACACCAACAACAUUUGAUGUGUCUUACUACAGUUUUGCUUAUGUUUGAAUUUUAAGAAUGUUUUUUGCAAUUACUUGACUGUGUGCCAAAAUUCGCUUGGCUGAAUAUUGCUGAGAUAUAUUAUGCUUUUAUUUUAGUCAGUUCAACAUUUCAGGAAGCAAUGUCUUAGAAAUUAUUGUAGGAUGAUAUUCUUCAUGUUUUGAAGUAACUAUAAGAAACAUAGGAAUUACUCAAGUCACAUCAAAAUGUUUAUAUGAAUCAUGACAGAAACAUUGUUGAAAUGUUCAUACAGUGUUUCAGAUAUAUUGAAGUGGAUAUAGAAUACAGUUGAAGAAUUAAAACUGUUGAUAUACAACAA